UAAGUUGAAGGUGGGAGAGAUGAAUCACGGCCAACAAUCUGGCGAGGCAAAGCAUGAAGAUGAUGCUGCUCUUACAGAGUUCCUCGCUUCUCUGAUGGAUUAUACUCCUACUAUUCCUGAUGAUUUAGUAGAGCACUACUUGGCUAAGAGUGGAUUUCAGUGCCCCGACGUGCGAUUGUAGAAUAAGGCUAGUUGCUGUGGCUACACAAAAGUUUGUUGCAGAUGUUGCCAGCGACGCCCUUCAGCACUGCAAGGCUAGACCAGCACCAGUUGUGAAAGACAAAAAACAGCAAAAGGAGAAGCGUUUAAUAUUGACUAUGGAAGAUCUUUCAAAAGCUUUGCGUGAGUAUGGUGUGAAUGUGAAGCAUCCAGAAUAUUUUGCUGAUAGCCCUUCGACUGGAAUGGAUCCUGCGACAAGGGAGGAAUAGGAAACAGGAAGUCUUCAUAUCUUUGCCUACUAAGGACGGCCAUGCGUGUCAGAUCCCUGAUUAUCUGUUGUGUUUCAGUUAAAACAAAACUCAGUUGCCUUCCUAGUCAUCAAUUACAUUACAUGUAUAUUCCAUUGUUGUUUGUUUUCUUGACUUGUGUCUCUAGUGGUGUUUGGGUUUUCUACAUCACUUAUCCUCCAUUCUCGUAAGUCUCCAAGUCGUGAUAAUAAGGUAAGUAAUCAUCCUUAUGAGUUCUGAUUAACUGGAUAGUGUAGGACUGAACAAACCACAAUGAUAAGCCUUUUGGGGAGAAGCCAAAGCAUGGUCGAAGUAUAUUUCCAUCUAGCAAGCAAUGAUAAACCCAACAGGUUCUGAUUUAGGUGGCCAGCGCCAGUUACUUUGGAAAUAAAAUAGUAUAUGACUUUUGGAAUUAGGAAUUGAUAAAGCUGUUCUGUAAUUUCUCAGCUCACCGAAUAUUCUUUCUCUUUACCCAGUAGAUAAAAGGAAGUACCAAAAUUUUACAGCUUUUAACUUUACUUUACCUCAAAUCCAUGAAGAACACUCACAAAAAAAAAAUCUCAGAAAACUAGUAUUUAACCUUUCGUCAGUAUAAAGUUAGCAGGAUAUGUUUUUACAAAACCUUUAAGACGACAAGAACAGGAAGUUGCAGAUUCUUGAGUUUAUUUCCUGAACUGUUUGAAAUGUUGAAUUCUCCACUUCAGUCUCCGACCAAUCCACAUUUCUUUCAGCCACUUCUUCCCGGUUCCGAGACUCACCUCACGAUACCUGUUGUAUUCUUCUCCAAGCACAUUGGUGGAAAACAUGAACAGAAAACAGCUAAACUUAAAUCGGACUCUUCAGAGAAAACUUGGGUAGUGAAAAUGGAUGGCCGGAGACUCACCCAAGGCUGGAAAGAGUUUGUGAAAGCUCAUGAUCUUCGAAUCGGCGACAUCAUUAUCUUUAAACACGAAGGAGACAUGGUGUUUCGUGUGACACCUUUCGGUCCUAGUUGCUGUGAGAUUCAGUACGCACAAUGUAACAUCAAAAUGGAAGACGACAAUGAUGACGAGGAAGACGACAUGGAGAAUCAGCACAGCACUAGAAAUGGUUUGAGGAAGACGAAACUAAACCCCAAAACAGAGGCAGAGUCUUUUGAAUCAUGCGAUUACUGUUUUGUAGCAAACGUCACUGCUUCAAAUCUAAAAACGGACACAAUUAAUCUUCCAAAGAAAGCUGCGAGCUCGAAAGCUUUGAGCAGGAGAUGUGACAAUAUAAUACUAGUGAACGAAGAGGGAAACUCGUGGACUUUGAAUCUGAGAUUUAGAGAAUCAGAUGGAAGUUAUUACAUGGGAGGUGGCUGGAAAAGAUUUUGUAGUGAAAACAGACAAAAAGAAGGAGAUUUGAUCGCGUUUAAUCUAGUUGGAGACGGUGAAUCUAACCCAAUGCUCUGUAUCUGUCAAGAAGAAGUAUGUUCGGAGCUAAUGAGCAUAGCGAGAGAGAAGAUUAAGACGAAGAAGCGUCGUCGUAGAUGGGUAGCUUCACCAUCAUCUCCAGAACAAAACAGAUUUGUCACUCUGAGUCUCACAAGUUACAAUAUCAAAAACUCCAAACUUAGUCUUCCGGUAGAGUUCACAAAGAUUAAUGGCAUUAACAACAAUCACAAGAAGAUAAUUCUGGAGGAUAAACAUGGUGUGAAGCGAUUAAUCAAGUUGAUUCGAGAUGGACCAAACAAUGGAAGAAGAGGACUGGGAAAAGGAUGGAAACUUUUCUGUAGAGCUAAUGAUGUACUGAAGGUAGGCGAGCCUUUUCAGUUGAAGCUACUUUGGGAAAACAAAACUCCUCUACUUAAGUUUUGGUCCAAGUUUAAGGAGGAACCAAUCUAAUGUCUGGAAGAUAAAAGUCUUUUGGGAAAAAUAGAGUAGUAAUUAACUAAUGUCUCUCUAAAUCUGAUAGUUAAUGUUUUAAUUGUUGUUUUAAUAAGUUGUUGUACUUGUAUCGUUGAGUGGAGUCAUAUCAGACGAGGUUUACGAAGUCACUCUUUUAUCGGAA